AUGCCGUCCUCUAAAGAUCAGGAUGUCGACUUCGACAACAACAGCCGCGUUCGUGAGGACCGACUGCCACACCGAUCCAAAAGUGAUUUACGGAGAGACACCAAGGACCGUGACCGAGAUCGAGACCGAGACCGCGACCGCGACCGCGACCGCGAUAGAGAACGGGACCGUGAUCGAACCAGCACUACCGACCGGGACAGAGAACGUAGGAAGGAGAACAAGGACAAGGAUAGAGAGAGGGACAGAGGAGACAGAGACAGGGAGAAAGACAGGGACAGAGACCGAGACAGAGGAGACAGGGACAGGGAAAGAGAGCGGGACAGAGACAGAGAGAAGGAUAGGGACAGGGAACGAGACAGAGACCGCGACUACGACAGGGAACCGUCCCUUCUUCGAGAAAAGCGGUCAUCCAGGACUCCCAGGCUGCUGAAAACCACCGACAGCGAUACCAACUCCCGUUCAUCGCGCCAGUCAGUGUCUUAUCGCCGCCAUCGGCCAAAAGAGAUGGAGAAGGAAGAGUCCUCGAUUCUGUCAGGGGCCGCGAGCUCCAUGACCGACAUAGUCCCGGAGCUUGCCCGGAGCAUUGAUCGGCCAAACAUCCCGUAUCCUACCUUCAGCAAAGUCCACAGCAAAGACCUCAUUUACAGCAAAGAGGAUCUCUCUUCCACCCGCACAGAUCCGCUCACUCCUGAUGGCACCGACGUCGGCAACAGCGACAAGAGGCGGUCAAAGUCCGUUGACUCUCGUUCGGCGCCACGGAAGUCUUCCUCUCUACGGAAGGAAUCACGGAAAGAAAAAGAGGAUCGGCCGCCCAGCCCACCGGAAACAGACCUGUCGGGCUCUAGAAGGAGGAGAUCCGGGAAUUCAGUAUCGUUUCCAGAAGUGUCCAGCGAAGCCACGGAGACACAGUCCCAGACGUUCACCUCCCAAUCCAGGCAUUCGCCCGAAACCACUCCGACAGAGAAUACCGAUGCCUCAACGGACCUUUCGACAGUUAAGGGGUCUACGAUGGAGUCGAUGGCGGAUACGGUUCAAAUCAGACGGCCACCGCCAAUCGAGGUCGAUUCGUCACCCGAGUCCGCACCAGACUCAUCGCCAAAGACGCCUACGCAAACGCCACAGUUCCCGCCUCCCGCUGUAUCCCAGGAACAAAAGCAAACGCGGUUUGACGCUCCGUCUGACUUUACUGCUGCCUCCGAGGCUGUGACGGAUACGACUGCUCAGCGAGCACCACCACCACCGCCACCACCACCGCCGCCUCCUCUUAGCAUUAACCUUCAAGAAGCAACGCGAGUCGACUAUCUCCUGCAGAACGGCGGCUUGCCGCAAACUGUUCCAAAGACAUUCCUUGCCGUUUUGCCGCGCCAAAAUGGCAACAGGCCAUCGAACCCACCUCUGCAGGGUGCUGAGACACUGUUUGCACCCUUUUUCAACCUGAUCAACCAGUAUCAGACAGUACUCAAGAACCAUGGAUCCAUUGCGGUUGCCACUGGUCAUCGGACCGUAGCCCGCCGUCUCUUAGAUCGACUGGAGAACGUUUUCUCUCGCGAUCUUUGCCCCGAUGGCUGCCCGUGCAUUAUCUGCCAGCACUCGGACGAGACACAUAGAGGUUUAGGAUGGGGAGAAGUUCUCGAGAGGGUCAGCGGCCGGGUUGAUCUGCCGCAGUGGCCGCCUUUCGACCUCGCGUCACUAGGAAGCAAGGCCCAAGAAGAUCUAGCAGAACUUCCUCCGAGACCGACGUCUCCCAUCAACAUGGACCCUGACAUUGCUGAAGAGUUUAGGGAACACUAUCUGCGUCAAACGAAGCGUGUCAGGGCAGCUGUCGACAGGUGGAUGCAAACAUGCGAGAAAGCCCCUGCGCCGUUGCCCCAAGAGGUAGAUGACGAGACGCUAACCUUUGCCAUCCUCACCAACCUGGACCCCGACGACCGGCCAUUCUUCAAUGCUCUGUUAUCCGGCUCGCGGGAUCUUCAUCCGGCAACACGAGCGCCGACACCCUCCCCACUACGUAAGCCUCGAAACGACUUCGUGGUCAAGACGGGUCUCUCUCUACAGAGACUAUACCGCCUCUCUCAGGCCCCACGCGAUGCCGAGACGGCAAUGUAUCUCGUAAAGAACCCUGCCAUGCACGAUCUCCUCUAUACGAUUUCCGACAUCAACACUUCCGAGUGGGAAAUCUUGAUAUCAGGUCGCUUCGACGGAUUUCUCUGGUCCGGAGCAGAUGAUGAUGGAUACGAACGAGACACUCCUUUCUCCCGGGGACCGACGCCAGCGAACGGGAUGGGGGGAGAGAGGGGAUUCGCAUCUCCUCGUAUCAUGAGCCCAGGCAUCCGCAACUCCAGAACCAACACCCCCUUCAGCCCCGGUAUGGGAGGCGGCCCAAUGUCGUCCACUCCCUUUUCCCGCGGCCCGACACCCGCCUCCUUCGUCAGCGGGACAACGAACAACUCAUCCUACCCUUCCCGAGGAGCGGUGAGCCACGACGAGGAAACGGAGAUCCAGGUCGUGGGCGAGCUGGAGCGCGAAAUCUUCAACGGCAUGGAAGCGCUCGAAGACGCCUUUGAGAAGCUCCACGAACAAGCCAUGGGAGUUAGGGAUGCAUUGAGGAGAAGGGGUGCGGCACUGGCUAUGAGCCUACAGCAGAAGAGGGGACUCGGGUACAGAGGGAUCGACGUCUUGCCUUUGAGCGGGAGCAGUGGCGCUUAUGACCGACCUGCUUGGGCCGAUGAGGAGAAAAUGAUGGACGGGCUUGGUGGUGGUGUCGGCGGUGGUGAAAGAUACGGUGGCGGCGCUGGCGGCGGGCCCGGUCAAGGCAACGGUUACUUUGAUGAUACCCAGAGUGAAUGGGGAAUGCAGGAUGAUAUCAGCGAGCUGGCGCCGGAUGAUUCGGCCAGCCAGAUUAGCAGUAACCGGAUGCGGAGGCCCAAGAGGAGACGGGAGAGGGCAACGCCGGCGCCGAUUGAGGAGGAAGAUGAGGCGUGA